UGGGGAACUCUGCAACCCUAAAACCAGCCCGAGCAGCCCCGGGGGGGCACAGGAGGGGUUUGGGGGCGCAGGGCCAGCCCCGGAGGGUCCCGGGGCGCUGACCCUGCCCUCCCACAGACGCCUGGAGCAGCCGGUGGGUGGAAUCCAAGCACAAACCCGACUACGGGCGCUUCGUGCUCACCGCCGGCAAGUUCUACGGCGACGCCGAGAAGGACAAAGGCAUCCAGACCAGCCAGGACGCGCGCUUCUACGCCCUGUCGUCGCGCUUCGAGCCCUUCAGCAACCGCGACAGGACGCUGGUGCUGCAGUUCACCGUGAAGCACGAGCAGAACAUCGACUGCGGCGGCGGCUACGUCAAGCUCUUCCCGGCCAGCCUGAGCCAGGAGGACAUGCACGGCGACUCCGAGUACAACAUCAUGUUCGGCCCCGACAUCUGCGGCCCCGGCACCAAGAAGGUGCACGUGAUCUUUAACUACAAAGGCAAGAACGUGCUGAUCAACAAGGACAUCCGCUGCAAGGACGACGAGUUCACCCACCUGUACACGCUGGUGGUGCGGCCGGACAACACGUACGAGGUGAAGAUCGACAACGCCCGCGUGGAGUCGGGGAGCCUGGAGGAGGACUGGGACUUCCUGCCCCCCAAGAAGAUCAAGGACCCCGAGGCCAAGAAACCCGAGGACUGGGACGAGCGGGCCAAGAUCGACGACCCCGAGGACACCAAGCCCGAGGACUGGGACAAGCCCGAGCACAUCCCCGACCCCGAGGCCAAGAAGCCGGAGGACUGGGACGAGGAGAUGGACGGGGAGUGGGAGCCCCCCGUCAUCCAGAACCCCGAGUACAAGGGCGAGUGGAGGCCGCAGCAGAUCGACAACCCCAACUACAAGGGCAAGUGGGUGCACCCCGAGAUCGAGAACCCCGAGUACAGCCCCGACCCGCUGCUCUACGCCUACGACAGCUUCGGCGUCAUCGGCCUCGACCUCUGGCAGGUCAGGGGGGGCCCGGGGGAGGAGGAGGAGGACGAGGAAGAGCCCGAGGCCGAGGAGGCGGAGGCGGCCCCGCGGGACGAGCUCUGAGGGCCCCGCGCGGCCCCUUCUGUCUCUGUGAGACCUGGACUCUUUUGUACGGGCCCGGCCGAGCCCGGAGCGGCCCCGGGCCCGCAGCGGCGCCGGGGGCCGGGCCCGGAGCGGCACCGGCGCCGCGCGGGCCGCACUCAGGACCAGCGCCGGGGACGUUGCGGGGCGGGCUGGGCGGGGGGUGGAGCACCGGCGGUGUCGCACGGGACUGUACGGGGGGGUGUCGCCAUUCGGUUUCUAUUAAAUUAACCGCGGUCCCGGC